CGUACAUCCUAACCUUCUGGUCUGUGACCGGCACACCCAUGACUCACUUGGGGGCCUUCAGAGCUCCUGUCUAAGUCAAGUCAAUCGCAAGCAUUCGUCAAAACACCUCCUAUGGGCCAGGCACUGUAUUUAGUGCUUGGGAUGAAAAGAAAGUCGUUCCAAGGAAGUCAAGGACGAGCUUACCUCUUUAAUUCAGUAGUUAAUGUGGGCUGUGGACCUGCAGAAGAGCGAGUGUUGCUAACGGGGCUACACGCAGUUGCAGACAUCUACUGUGAAAACUGCAAAACCACUCUGGGCUGGAAAUAUGAACACGCCUUUGAGAGCAGCCAGAAGUAUAAAGAAGGCAAAUACAUCAUUGAACUGGCACACAUGAUCAAGGACAAUGGCUGGGAUUGAAUGGAGGGAGUCCCCCCCACCCAGUGUCUGAAUGAAUGCCAUCCAACUGAACAUUAUAUCCAAGAGGGGAGAGAGUGACUGAAAGCUUGGUUCCAUCCGUUUAGAGGCUUUGGCAUCAGGAGCAUCCUCCUACCCUAUCUCCAUCUUUAUUGGUGACUGGCCUCUAAAUUGCUGUCUCUCUGUUUCUUUGCUUUGUAUCUGUUUGUGAGUUGACCCUGGCUUCUCUCUCUGUUCUAGUGUUGGCUAAAAACAACGGAUGCACCGAGAACUUGGCAGCAUUCUACUUUAAGGAGAGUUCCAGGGACCCCCCCAGAGCAGGCAGCCUUAGCUGCCUUGUAUCAGGAUAGCAAUGGCAUGGGGGUGUGAGAAGGGAAGGGAGCCCUGAGUGUCCCAGGGCAGGGGUGGGCAUGGGAGGGUGGAGGUAGGAACUGCUGCUCCUUAAAAAUCCUGGGAACCUAGGAACCUUGAAACUAUCAAUUCGUCCAGAAGGACAAAAAGGAGAUUUAAAAAAAAAUACCUCAUGACUGAAUUCUCUUUGAAGCUUCUGUUCCUGACAUCCAACGAUGUGCCAGGUCAGCAUGAGAGGAGGGCUUAACUCCUGUGGUUCAUGCAGUUGCAGGGGCAGGAGUCUGAUUGCCCUGGGCUGGUUUGGGGGCACCCUAUGUUAGUAACAGUCAGUGACUGUGGGGAGCUUAUGAUAGGGUCUGUAUGAUUUGUUCUCAACAAAUAUAACUAUCAAAUAACUAUCUACCUAUCCUAUACCCAGUCCUACUUCAAGUUCUCACUUAUGCUCCCCUAUCAGGGCAAGUAGAGAUCUGCCCUUCACCAAGUAUUCAAGAUCCUGUGCUCCCUGGCAAGUAAAGAGGCCAGCGGCCUUGACCUGCGACCUAGUAAGUCCUUCAGUUACAGGGACAGCAAGUUGAGAGCUCCAAUAUCAGCAAGAAAACCGUAGGAAAGCCAGCAUAGUUAAAACAACUCCAACUGCCUGACCCAUUACCUGACUCAUGGCUCUUAGCUGAGCACAAUGGAUGGGAGUUGGAAAGGGGGAAUUUUAGGGGAUGAGGGGGGAAAGACAUCUCUAGGUAUCGAGACCUCCUCCCUACUUCCCCAAGAGAUGGGUGGGUAGGAAACCUGCUUCCCAGGAACAGGGAUGAUUCCCAUCCAGAGUUUGAUUGGUUUUGAUUCCAGCCCCAUCUUUUAAGCUGUGGAAGAUAAAAGCUUUUGGAGAUUAUGGUUAACGUGUUCGGCAGGCAGAUAUUUAAAGCCCCAGUGUUAUUUUCCCAGAAUUUGAAUGGGGAAGAAGUAUAGUAAUUAACCAAAGUGGCCCAGCAGUGGGGACUGAUUCAAUUUGAUGUCAAACUAGUAGUAACAAAUUCUAAUCUUACCUUUUCUUUCUUGGAGGGUAGAAACGAAGAGGGGACGUACUUCAUGGUAUUAGUGGGGGUUGGAGGGGGAAACCCAAGCCAGCCAGGCUCAGGAGUGAAAAAGCUCUGUCUCACAUUUAAUCUUUCACACUGUGAUGUCUGUUCUACAGCAAUCCAGCCAGUAUCUGGUGUGCUAUGUGAGUCCCACUCAAACUGAGUUCAUUUCAUUUCUCAGGCCUACAAUACUCUUUAUUUUUCUGAUGAUCCUAUGUAUCAUUCUCAGCAUCUCAUUUUCCAAGGAGAUUGAACCUGAAAAAACUUAAGUGUCGGUUGUCACAAGUAGUUAAUUCAGGAGCAUAGGGAAACCCGUGCAAUGGAGUGGGCUCUGAAGGCAGCAGAUCCAGGGAGCCCUCUGGGAUGGAGUCUGUGAUGGAAAAAGAACGUGGCUAUGGGAGGGCUAUGAAGGAGGUGCAAUCUCUGGGUUACUGUCAGGUAGCAAGAAAAAUUCUGAGUCCAUGUGGUUUUGGCACAAGGCUGACCUAGGCCUGGAAGGUCCCACAAAACAGGACUUUUCUUCCUGUUGAUUGGCUGGUAAAGGACUUUUCCCUUACAAAACCUAGUUUUUGGUUCUGUUUAAAAAAUAAUAAUAAUGAUAAUAACAACAACCAAAAAAACCUAACAAUUGGGGGGAAAAACCCACUGCAAAAUCAUUUGACCAGUCAGUUCUCAAAACACUCUGGAAGAUGAGUAAGAAGGGAAACUGAGGCAUAGUUAGAUUACUCUGUUGCAGCCUCCUGGAGGAAUAUUCUUUCUGUUUCUCCUAAUCCCCUAGAUUGCAUCAGAAAAUAGCUUCAGUUUUCACAUUCCCAGGCUAGCUUCCCAGCCCUGAAAUAGCUGGAUUCCUACUCCCUCCCUACUGAAAUGUGGGCCCUGGGCCCUUUCCUUUAUAGAUUUGGCCUUCUCCUUAAGGAAAGUUUCACCUGGUUUUUAGAACUAAAAAUGAAAUGGAAAUUUGGCAGAUUUGACAUGGCAGAAUGCAUGAUGAGUUUGCAGAGAAGAUCAGACCCUGGCCCCAUCCCCGCUUUUUGCCCUGGGAGAGUUUCCAGGGCUUGCUCUGUGAAUGGUGCCUCCUCCUGGUGCCGUGAGUAGCCCUUCUGCAGUAUCCCAAAGGUGCAUGGCACCAGCGAUCUAAAGAAAAGGCUCAGCAGCAGAACAACUAGCCCCCUUCAUUAGGUUUCUGUACACGUUGACUAAACCACAAGUGCUUCUUACAACUUUAGCUUCAUCCACAGCUUGUUUCAUGUCUAGCAGUGUUGGAGACCACAAACAAGAGCUCAGACCUUGUCAAACUUGUGGACUCAAUUAGGUCUUUCUCUUUUUGUUUUUUUUUUUUCUCUUAAAAUUAUCUACUCAGAGCAUAACCAAAGACCUCACCCCAUGGCCACUGGUAGGUUCAGCCAACUGGGAGCUCGUGUGGGCGUGGCUCGGAGGGUGGGAGGAGAGAGGAAGGGAGGGAAGGGGGGGUAGUUCUUUACCUCAGCCAGCAGCUGCCUUCAUUUGGGACUGAAAAACCAUUAGCAGAAUCUCCAGUUUCAGCUCACUAUGGCUCCACCUUUGGAUUGAGCUGAGACCCUGUGCGUUGGGGCCUAUAGGCUCUGUGGGCUGCCCCUGGCACCAGCCUUGAAGCUGGACGCCAGUGGCUUGAGUUGGUUGGAGCAAAGCAGCUGCAGGCCAGCUUGAUGAACACAGGUGUCCAUCAGGGUACUACAUCCAUGCUUAGACAUGGCAAGGUCAGUCUGUGCUGGUAGGAUCAGCGUGCACAAAGGAAGGAUCCCCCUUUCAGCAAAUUUUCAAAGGGUAAUAUAUAUAUAUAGAAGAAGAAAAAAAACAUUCUCUUGUGAAAUAUACUUUUGUAAAUAAUAUUUAAUUUUUUUAAAUAAUAUAUUUGGUGCUGUUUUCUCAGAGCCCCUGAGAGCACUUUUAUUUUUGUUUUAAAAUUUUACUGUUUCCUCUGCAUUUUUUGAAGUAUGUUUUAAGGGAAACAUAUAUACUUUUUUUUUUCUAAGUCUGUCAUUUAGUCUAGGGAAGGCAAGAAAGCUUUGCUUUUGCCUUUUCCUGGUAGAAGUGACAUAUAGUGAAUCAUUAGGUUGAACUGAAAUGUUUUUCUUGCACCAGUAUUGGCUAGAAAAAAAAAAUUGAGGUGAAGUGAUGUUAGUUGUGGCUUCCUCUCAUUGGAAGACUUCCUCUCAUUGGAAGGCCUUUAGGUCUAUUGUUUUUAACUGUGCAUUUUUUAAAGAACAUUUUCCAAUGGCUCCUGCUUUUCUUUUUACAGGGGACAUUAUGUAAAAGUUUACACACCUCUUGCAACAAGGCUUUUCUUUUCCUCCUCCCCCACCUUUGUGUUGUUAUGGGCUUUUUUUUUUUUUUAAUUUUAAUUUUGUUUGCACUCUGUCUCUAAGUGGACCAACAGCACAAAGCCAUAGAGAAUGCAUCUUACCAUGCCAUGUACAGGCAAGGCUGUUUGCAGUGCCGGCUCUCUGGUGCACCCUCCCCAUCUUCUCUGUGGCACAACUUGGAUGAACUACAAAUGAAUCCUGUCGUCCUUGUGGAGAUCUAAGAGUGAAACCUCUUGUAUGUUUUCUCUUUGCUAACGUGAGCGUGUUAAUCGAGUAUUCUGCGGCUCCCAAGUGUUUUAGAAGAAGCCUCAGCAUAAACAGGAACUCGUGUUGGUUGAAUAGACAUGAAAUGUACACAUGCCUGUAGGCAAAUGAAUUUGUGAGGUCAGAAUCCCUCAGGGGUCAAGAAGAGGCCUGGGAAAUCAAAUCCUGGAAAACAAUCAACUUAGAUGUUUUUUUAAGUCAGUCCAAAAAUGAAAAAUCAC